AACGACGACGUUAAAGAGUCCAAUAAAACCCUCCUAAAUAUUGGAAGCAUUUUACAGUUCAAGCUUAGUCGAAGGAAGUCUUCAAUGGCGUCCUUAAAGGCAGUCUCCCGGUUAUCAUCUCGAUUGCACUCUCUCGCUCCCAAACUCAAGAAAAAGUUUCCGUCUUCCGAGCCAUCUCCAUUGAAAUCAAGUUGUCAAUCUAAGCCCUCCGCAGCUUCUACAUCGCGUAUUUCUUGUACUUCGCGGUUACCACUGGAGUUGAGUAGCCAGGGGUCACUGAUGCCGUUGCACAGCGCCAUAGCUGCGGCAAGAUUGAUUUCGAGCCUGACCAUUGAAUCUCGAGGAUGGGGUUUGGUUCCUCAGGGUAUUUCGAUGCCUUUAUGACGGUUUUGCAUUGCAGUAAGUUGUUCUCAACAGUUCUCUGGUUACUGAAAAAUUGGGGUUUCCUUUUACUUUUAGCUUCAGACAAGAAUAUAAACCUCAAUUAUUGCCUUUAAUUUCUUUUGUCCUGAAAGCUGGAUUAGGUUUUAAGUUAAAUUUCAGCUUGUAACGAUAAAUGUGUUUUAUGAUAAACAUUUUGCUCCGAAACAUUCAUUAAGUGAAUCCAAUAGAUAUUUUCUGGCAUCUUUAA